AUGGCUAGAUCCGAAGUUCAAAAUAUCAACAUAGUUAGUAAUAAUUACUCAAGGUAUGGAACUUCCAUUUAUCAAAAACUGUAUGAUACUCAGUCAUCCAAAAAAAAUGGUUCUACAAAGACAGGUUCUUAUUUAAUUCCUUCUUAUAAUAGAAAUAAUGCUUCAACGUCUCAUAUUGCUGCUAACAAUCGAAUUGUGGCAGACAACGAAUCUUUAUUGACUAUUGGGUCCACAAAAUCAAGGAUUAAAAGAAAAUAUAAAUCUUUGAUAUCAUCAGGGUCGAAGAAGUUAAUCAACAAAAUAUACGAUCAUGGAUCUUCAGAUACUUUCUCCAUUUUUUCCUCAAAAUCACAUAAGGAAAAAGAAAUUUUUAAUCUGAAUAAUAAUGAUAUCUACUUAUAUUCCACGUUCAGUGAGUCAUUCGCCACAAUAGACGACCUACCAUUAGAAAUAUUGUCUAGAAUUAUAUCGUAUAUUGAUUAUGAUAAACACUAUAAAGCUCUGGUUUGUUGUCUCUAUGUAUCCAAACGUUGGUAUAAGGCUACUAAGAUCGUUUUGUAUAAACAACCCAGAUUUGUGUCUACAUAUCGUGUUGCUCAGUUUGUCACCUCUUUGAGGUUACACCCAGAAAAUGGAUAUUUUGUUAAAGUUUUAAAACUAUCAGACUUGCAAAACGGUUUAAUAUUCAAAGAAGAUGAUAAUGAAGACGAAGAGGAGGUGGUAGGCAACAUUAAUGACUCAAACAAUGAGAGUGGUGAUGGUAAUGAUGAUCAAAACAAUGUAGAAGGGGAUAAUAAUGGAACUGCACUAAAUGAAGCUGGUAGAAAUAAUAAUAAUAAUAAUAACAGUAUCAAUAACACGAAUAAUUCUGAACCUUUUAGUGAUAUUGCAUAUGCCGGUUGGAGAGAUUGGAGAUAUAGAAAUGAUCCAUUGUAUAGUAGUCCUGUAUUAAAUAGUUAUACUGUGAAAAGGAUUGUAUCUCGUUCUUCUUCUAUUCAUUCCAAUUCUUCUUUGUUUACCUCAUUAUCUAAUGGAUCUGUUAUUUCAAUGAACACUUCAGCAUCUACUAGAAAUGAGCCAUCUGGCAGUCACAUUGAUACCUCACAAAAUACUGCUAACCGAGCUAGAUCAAACAGUUCAGUUAGUUCAAUUACAAGUAGUAUUAUGUCUACAUUUCAAAAUGCAUCCCAUCUUUCAUUAACUUCAUCCCCUUUGCUAAAUAAUACAACUGGUGACUACAAUAAGGGAGAAGGAAAUAGUUUAAAUAAUAAUAUGAAUAUUACUCAAAAAGUUAAUACAAUCACAUCUCAAGACGUAAAUAAUAAAUGGUUCAGAUUUAAAGUUAUGUCAAAGAAUAAGAGAAGAGCAAGAAACUUGACAAAAUAUUCCACUAUCAAUUCCUCAAAACAACAAAAUUAUUUAUGUAACAACAAAGGUUCAAGUAACACUACUAUUUCUAAAAGUGUUCAAACUACGGAAGUUAAUAAAGUUGAUUGUACAAAUAACUCAGAUAUUACUGGAACAUCAUCUCAGAUUCGUUUUGCCAUUGAGCAGCCUUUUAAGACUAACCAUCCAUAUACAAAUAAAUUUCUUUUAAAAUAUGCAUCGUGUAAGGAUUUACCCUUAGGCUAUAUUUUACAUAUAUUGAAUCACUGUCCUAAUCUAGUAGAAUUAGAUUUAUCUCACUUGACGAUUUGUGAUGAUUUUAAAAUUGUAAACAAAUCAAAACAUCAUAAAAGAUUGACAUCUUUGAUUUUACCGAGUGUAGAAGAAAGUACAAUUAUGACAAACUCCGAAGAAAAUAGAUUGGAAGUGAUAUAUGCAACAGAUUCAUCUAAAAAUUAUGAGCAUAAUAAGAAUAUUAUUGUCAGUACUGGAAAUAGCAAAUCCCGAAGAAAUAGUAGAAUUGGGCAAGGUGUUAUCUUGACCAACAAUGUGACUGAUUCAGGAUUGAGCAGACCUCUGUCUAUCAUUAGUUGUAACAGUGUGAGUAGUGUAUCCAAUAAUGAUACAACAGGAUCAAACUCCGAUCACUGGUGUUCCAGACUUAUUAGUAAUAGAUCAGAGCAUCCAAUGCCUAUUGACUCCCAAACAAAAGCACGUGUCAUAGAAAAGAGUAGACGGAACAGUAAUAAAAAUUCAGGCGAUGAUGUUGAAUUAUAUAAAUUGAAUCCUGUUGAAAUUUUUGAAAUUCUAUGUACAAAAUUAAUGCAAGUAACCACAAUCAAAAUGGAUGGGGCUGUUUGGUGCAGGCAAUAUAUGAUUAAGUAUUUUAUUUUGAUUAUAUUUCAAAGAAUUAUUGACUACGAUAUUCAUACUACUUCAAGAGCCUAUUCAAUUAACAUGAAUAAUAAUAAUAAGAUUAUAGAUUUAAGUUUCUUAAAAGCUGGUAUGAAUAGAAAUUUUCCUUGGUCAUGUAAGGGUACAUUGUCUGAUUUUGUUGUUUUGCUAGUUUUAGAUGAAUUAUUGAAGAAUGAUGAUUUGACAAUUGAAGAUCUAUUUAACAUUAAAUCUGAAAGGUUAUAUCAAAAUGAUAAUUUUAUAACUGAUUCAGAUGUUAUGGAAAUUUCAAAUAUUUUCCCAAUCAAAUUUGGUUUAGAUGAAGAGAAUCAAAACAUAAUCAAUUUUAGGAUCGUUAUAUUAAAGAAUAAACGUCAAACAUCGUAUAUUUUAAAAAAAGUAUCUAAUGACUAUAUUUCAUUAAUUAUUAAUUUGUGUAUUAAUGAAAAUUAUAAUUUUAUGGUCUCUUCUACAGAUUUAGGAAUUUUACCUAAAGAGACUCCAAAGAGAAUAGAUCGUCUAAUCCAUGGACUGGUGGCUAGAAUCAAAUAUUUAAGGAACAAUGAUUUAAGAAGACAUGUUGGAGAGAACAAUUAUAUUUCUAAUACGAUCAAUAUUAUUUGA